CGAACGGAAGUGAACUGUGACCAAGAACAAUUUCCACGUUAGCGUUUUUAUUGUUAAUAUUUAGAUGUGUAUUACCACCCUGGAACUCAAAAUAUGACUUAACUGGACAGCAUCACAUACUUAACCCAUGUAGUUUUUAAUUCGCGUUGGAAACCGGACUUGGUUGAUAUAUGUUAUCUAGAUAACGCUAGCUAGCUGCUAACAAUGGCUAACUAUAACGGUAUGGUUUUUCACACUCAAAUAGCCUCCAUCAUGGAGGUGCUAGCGAAUGCAGCCGUGGCAGAGAUCUGUAAACUCGUAGACGAUGACUAUGCAGUGUUUCGUUUGGAAAUAACUCAAAGCCAGAAAGAAAACAGGGCAUUGCGGAAGAAACUACUGGAACUGAAGGUGGCACGGGAACGCGCAGAGAGGGCAAUACGAGAGCGCGUCUUCACCAGUCGUCCCAGUAGUGUCAAGAUCCUCGACCGAUACAGAGGAAUGGCAAGAGGUGAAGGACAUCUCACUGGAGGCCACAGGAGCUUUGUGAAGCCAGCUGGACACAAUACAUGGCGAGAUGACCAACCAAUCACUAUUGAUGAGGGGAGUGGAACCUCAACCCAGCAAGUUAUUGUGAUAGAGUCUGCAGUUGCAGAGGCUGCAGGUCCUGGGGUCAAGCAGGAGAGGUCUGAAGGAGAGGAGGACCCAUGGCACAGUAGAGACAUCCAGACUAGAGUAGCUGGAGCGCCCCCUGUAGCCACAGAUGACCCCACCACUGCCCCAGCACAGCCCAGGACCCGAUGCAGCAUCACGGAGGAGGGUCCAGAGGUGCUGCUGGUGAAGGAGGAGGGGUGUGAGGAGGGUCUGGGGAACCAUGAGGAGAACAUGGUCAUGGAGGACCACACACUACACCUCCUCCUGAACCCACAGAGGAACCAGCUGAGCAGCACAGGACCACACACAGUCUCACUGAGUCAGUAGACAUGGAGAAUGGGAAGCCUGAUCUGCUGCUGGUCAAA